AUGGAACCACGUACAAGAAACACUGUGGUAGGAAUAAUCCUUCCUGUGUUUGUAGUAGGGCUCUUUGUCUAUCCAUGGUACAUUUACACUUUUCGGAUAUGCAACACAUUGUUCCCGGAUAACAAGGCCGAAGGAGCUAUCUUCAUCACGAUUGCAUCACUAUUUGGUGUACUCGCUUUAUUGUGUUAUGCCCGCGUUCUGAUAGCACCGUCGGGAAAAGCUGUUCAUGUUGCGGCCGCGUCUCAAGGCUCGCCGAUACCACGAUAUUGCUAUGCACCAGGAUUGCUUGAUCCCAAGACCCAAUGCCCACAAAUAUCAGCAACGGCGGCGGAAGUUGGAAAUGCACCUAACGAACGAACUGCACUCCUUCCAACACUGUGUAUCACUCGCAUGGACGGCACACCUCGUUAUUGCGACGUCUGCCAAUGCUACAAACCAGAUCGUACACACCACUGCAAAGAGUGCAAUGCAUGUAUUCUGCGGAUGGACCACCAUUGUCCAUGGAUCAGUGGCUGUGUAGGACAUAGAAAUUACAAGUUCUUUUAUCUUUUCGUGAUAUACAGCGCAAUGUAUGCAAUAUGGUCGCUCUGCAGUAGCAUCCCACUAAUCGUAAAUGCGCUAUCCAAGAAUGACGCGACUCUAGAUCCUCAGUGGAUCGUUUUGCUGGUGCUUGGCUUUGUAUUUGGAAUGACGCUGUUAGGAUUUGCAGGAGUACACACUUAUUACAUAUGCAUGAAUCAGACCACCAUCGAGCAUAUCUCACGGCGUCCCUAUGAAAUUCGAGUGGAUUUGGAUAGAACUGGGCAUAACUAUGAAAUUGUGACAACACCGCACACAGAGCGCUUGUGGAACCUGGGAACAUGCGACAAUUGGCGAUCAGUCAUGGGGAACAAUCCAUGGGGCUGGUUUGUACCGUGGUCAGGUGGUCUUGGCAAUGGAUGCGUUUUUCCAUACAAUAACGAAGUGUAUGCUCGCGUGAUUGAGCGAGCCAAACAUCAACGAGCGAUCUUGAACCCCCCAGCCCCCUCUCGUACUACUGGCGUUUAG